CUGAGAUGUGUCCUUCAGGACUGCAGCUGGAAAAAACAGCUGAAAUCCACUAGUGCUCUGCCUGUCUCUCUGGCUGAAAGAAGAAGCAGCAUGCUCACUGUGAACAGACCUUUCAGCAUUUCACACUCCUCAGUGGAUUCAGAGGAAAUGAAAAAGUUCCAGCUCCUUGCACAUAAGUGGUGGGAUGAAGAAGGAGAAUAUUCAGCCCUUCAUUCUAUGAAUGAUAUCAGAGUGCCAUUUAUUAGAGAUACUCUCUUGAGCAUGAGGAAUGGUUACCACCUGGGAAAUCCACUGUCUGGAGUAAAGAUUCUUGAUGUUGGCUGUGGUGGAGGACUGCUGAGUGAGCCUCUAGGUAGACUGGGAGCUUCAGUUACUGGAAUUGAUCCUCUGGAGGACAACAUUAGAACAGCAGAUCGGCACAAGUCAUUUGAUCCGGUGUUGGCCAAGAGAAUACAGUACAAGUCCAGUUCACUGGAGGAGAUUGUGGAAGAGUCUAUGGAAACCUUUGAUGUAAUUGUAGCUUCUGAAGUAGUGGAGCAUGUUGCUGACCUUGAAACGUUUAUCAAGUGUUGCUCUCAGGUGUUAAAGCCUGAAGGUUCUUUAUUCAUUACAACAAUCAAUAGAACACAGUUGUCCUAUGCCCUGGGAAUUGUGGUUGCAGAAAAAAUAAUGGGCAUUGUACCAGGAGGAACACAUGAGUGGGAGAAGUUUGUUUCCCCUGAAGAGCUGGAGCACCUCCUGGAAUCUAAUGGCUUUUCAGUCAAGACUGUGAAUGGGAUGUUGUAUAAUCCACUCUCGGGGUCGUGGAGCUGGAUGGAAAGCACAAGCCUUAACUAUGCACUGCACGCAGUAAAAUCUGGGGCUGAGGGACAGCCACUCCCAACAGACACCUUGUCAGAGAUGGACAGUCACCAGCACUCAGCCACAGCUGGCACUGCCUCAGAUGUCACUGUCUGA